AUAAGAUGGAAUAAAAUUUUCAACACUUCCAAGCUCCAAGUAGAGGAGUUGCCAGGAAAGUAAGGAGUGGAUUAAAUUUUCAACACAAAGCUCUAAUGAGAAUUACGAAAGAUAACCAUGAAAUAAUUAAGAAAAAAUAAUCUAAUUAACAGAAAAAGUUUCUUUUGAAUUGAGAAUUUAUGGGAACAUCAGCUCAGAUUCUUGCCAUGCUCAUCCUGAUUCAAAGCAUUUUGAUCUUCUGCACUGGAACUAAUCUGGAUGGAAGCUGUAUCAAGAUUGAAAGAGAAGCUCUUGUGAAGUUCAAGUCAAGCCUCGCCAUUAACAGCUCAGACUCUUUGCUUUCAUGGGUCGGAGAUGACUGCUGCAGAUGGGAAGGAGUCUCCUGCGAUAACAUAACAGAUCAUGUGGUUAAGCUCGACCUUUCCAGGGCGUACUUCCAGGGAAAUAUCCUUUCCAGGGCGUACUUCCAGGGAAAUGUUUCCCUUCAUCUUGGAAACCUUUCAAACUUGCAGUAUCUUGAUCUCAGUGGGAAUAAUGAAUUGGCAAUCGACAGCCUCCAGUUUCCAUCUUCCAUGAAAUACUUAAACAUGGAGGCUGUGCUCCUGGACAAGUGUGUCGAUUGGUUGCAGUCAAUAAACAUGCUUCCUUCCCUGCUAGAACUACAUUUGUCUAAUUGUGAGCUUUCCAUUCCUGGUCAUGUUUCACAUGUCAAUCUUACAUCUCUUGAGGUUGUCUAUCUUAGUGGGAACAACUUCAAUUCCAAAAUCCCCAGCUGGUUAUUUAAUAUUACCAACCUGCAACAUCUUGAUCUGAGUUAUAGUGCUUUUCGAGGCUCUCUUUCAACUCGGAUUGGAAAUCUCAAUUCUCUUUCUUUCCUUGAUCUGUCCUGGAAUUCUCUGGAAGGUAAUAUACCCACAACGUUGAACCAGCUUUGCAAUUUGAGUGAGCUACACUUGAAAACCAACAAGUUCAGCGGUGAGAUAUCUGGACCUUUUGGCAAUUCAUCUAGUUGUGUGCAGAAGAGUUUAGUUUAUCUGUAUCUUUACAACAAUUCUUUUUCUGGUAGCCUUCCAAAUAACAUUGGACAAUUCAAACACCUAAAAUUUCUUCUACUUUCUAACAACUCUUUCUGGGGUCCAAUCCCUGUAUCAAUUGGACAACUUUCCAACCUACAAAUACUAGAUUUCAGUCAGAAUUCAUUGCAGGGGAAAGUUUCUGAACUUCACUUGUUAAAACUCAGAGGUUUGGAUCAGUUGAUUUUGAGUGGAAAUUCUUUAGUUUUUGAUAUUGAUCUCAAAUGGGUACCUCCUUUCCAACUUUCCAGGAUUGAGUUAUCAUCCUGCAAACUAGGGCCUUGGUUUCCACAGUGGCUCAAAACACAAAAGAGCAUUGCUUUUUUACUAAUGUCUAAUGCAAGCAUCUCGGAUAGCAUCCCUGAUUGGUUUGAAAACAUCUCUUCCAAUAUUGAAGGAUUGGAUCUAUCUUAUAAUCAGCUUUCUGGAAUCUUGCCAAAUUUGAGAAAGUUCAACACUACUUAUGAAGUUUACUAUAGGUACAUAUUAUUGAAAUCUAACAGGUUUGAGGGCUCUUUAACCCAUUUUCAUUCUGACGCAAGCAUAUUGGAUAUCUCCAACAACUUGCUGCAAGGUCAGAUUCCCCAUAACAUCAGCGAAAUGAUGCCAAUAUUGCGAUUCUUAUCCCUUUCCAACAACUCUUUGAAUGGUACGAUUCCAGCUUCAUUAUGCAUGAUUGAAUCUUUAGAUAUUCUUCAUCUUGCAAAAAAUCAUCUGUCGGGACCAAUACCUUCAUGCUGGGGAAAUUUGCAACGUUUAACCGUGAUUGAUCUUUCAAGUAAUAUGCUCGGUGGUCAUAUUCCAAUGUCCUUGAGUUCUCAACAGUUUCUUGUUUCGCUGCAUCUGCAAAACAACAAUCUUCAAGGAAAGAUCCCAAUCUCAUUGAGGAAUCUAGAGUACUUGGAGACUCUUGAUCUCGGCAACAAUUAUUUUGAUGGUUAUAUUCCUUGGUGGAUUGGUGAAAGCCUAUCUUCAUUGAAAGUACUGAGUGUUCAGUCCAAUAAAUUUGAAGGUGAGAUUCCUCUGCAGCUUUGCUACCUUGCUUCUCUUCGCAUAUUGAACUUGGCAAACAAUAUGAUGACUGGAACUAUUCCCACUUGUUUUGGCAAUUUUACUGCAAUUGCUAUGCAUGAAAACAAAGGACUUUGGGAUUAUUAUACUUAUCUUCUUCCAAGGGAGGCCUUUGAAGAAAAUGGCUAUGGUGAGAAUGUGCAAGUUUAUGUCAAAGGAAUAGAGCUUGAAUAUACUAGAACACUUCGAUUUCUCUAUUCCAUUGACCUUUCAGGAAAUAACUUUGUUGGAGAAAUUCCCCAGGAGUUGAUGAAUCUUUCAGGUCUACUGAACCUGAAUCUAUCUACAAACAAAUUGGAUGGACAUAUCCCUUGGAACAUUGGCAAGUUAAGCUCACUAGAAUCACUUGACUUGUCUGAAAAUGAACUUUCUGGCUCUAUUCCAUUCAGCAUUUCUGAUUUGAACUUUUUAAGUCACUUGAAUUUGUCAUUCAAUCACUUAUCUGGACGAAUUCCAAAGGGAAACCAACUUCAGACUUUGGAUGACAAAUCCAUCUACAUCGGCAACAAUGGACUUUGUGGACCUCCAUUGAAUAAUUGUUCAGAUGAUGCAGAUGAACUGCCUAAAGGUCAUGAAAAAGGUGGCACUACGAGGAAAGAUGACUCCGAAAUGCUUUGGUUCUACAGUGGUAUGGGAAUGGGAUUUGUGGCUGGAUUUGUUGGAGUUUGUAGCAUUUUGUACUUGAAAGACUCAUGGAGGUCUGCUUGGUUUGAGUUAGUUGACAGAGUCUACAACAAGCUUUGGGUAACAGUUGGAAUUAAGGGAAAUCAACUGAAGAGAAAGUUUAUGAGAAACACAUUUGAAGGAAAUGCAUAAGAAGGUUAGUUUUUUGUCUCAUGGGGAAACUUAAACAUUAAUGGUGGGAGCUAAUAUGAAAAAUAAUCUGCUGCAUUGUGUUGUAGAUGUGAAUGACUAAAGUUUACUGCAUGAUCUUAAUGCUUUCUGUGUUAA